AUGGCUGGUAAGCUUUCGUACUCCACUGUGGACAAUGCAGUCGAACCACCUUCGGGUGGUAACGUCACCCCAAGCUGUGUCGCAAACCACUUAUUUGAGCAGACGCUAAUAGCAAGAUCAGACGAACCACGACGCUCCGGUCGCGCCACCAAGGGCCAGCACAAGAACCUCGAGUUACCUCCCGAUGCCCCCGGCAAGAAAGGGAAAAGCAAGAGCCCCAAGGAGAGGAGCGCGAAAUUGUCUGCCGAGCCUACCCCUGGUCCCAGCGAGGGAGAAGGAGAAGAGGAGGAGAUAAUCCGAUGCAUCUGUGGGGAAUAUGAAGAGGAGGAAGAUGUCGAGCGUGACAUGAUCUGCUGCGAUCAGUGCUCGGCAUGGCAACACAACGACUGCAUGGGUUUGACAUUCGGGAAGGGGCAAGAACCAGAUCAGUACUACUGUGAACAAUGUCGGCCGGAGAACCACAAGAGCUUGCUCGCCAAGAUUGCUGCUGGCGAGAAGCCUUGGGAACAGGUCGCUGAGAAACGUCGCCGGGAAGCUGAGGAGAAGAAGUCCAAGCGAAAGAAGGGCAAGAAGGGAGCAGCCCGCAAAGGAAGAUUGAGUGAGAGCAGGACAGAUGCAGGCACACCAGUCCGUACCGCAACCUCUACUACGCCUGGUCCCCAUGAAUCUCCUGCACCCGCCGUGUCUGCGUCAGUCGAGCCAGAGAAGAAUGGCCACGCCGAUUCUCGGCGGUCGAGUACACACAAGCGCAAGCUUGAGGAGAGUGCCGAGGCAGAGAGUGGUCCACAGGUGAAGCAGCAAAGGGUAUCACCCCAGUCCACCACAGCAGGUGUUCCAGCGUCGACUAAACCCCAAGUCAAACCAGACCCUACUCCUGAGGCACCCGUUGUUGGAAAUCUGCAGGACCUCAUGCCUGCUCGCAAGAGUGUGGCUGCAGCCCUCAUCAAGCUAUUUGUAGAGCAGAUUACUGCGGCCCAAAAGGCCAAAACCUUUACUUUGAGUGCUGGACAAUCGGCAGAGGAUGUUGCACGGUCACUCGGUUUAUCCAUUGAGGAUGCCAUGUACGAGAAUAUCUGCGGACGUUCGGGCGAGCCGAGUGAACCAUAUAAGUCGCAAUUGCGGUCGAUCAUGUUCAACGUAAAGAAGAAUGCUUCUCUACGAGAUCGUUUGCUCGUAGGUAGUCUCUCCCCCAAGGUGUUGUCUCAAAUGACAUCGGGGGAAAUGGCCAGCGAAGAGUUGCAGCAGAAAGACGCCGAGAUCAAGCGGGAAGCAGAACGUCAGCACAUCAUUGUCCAAGAGCAAGGCCCCCGGAUCCGACGCACACACAAGGGAGAAGAGUUGAUCGAAGACGAGAACCACGCCGCUAACGACUCUGUAUUCUCCGCUGGACCUCGUCGUGUCACCGGUGAUCGGAAUGGCAGCCCAGCUGCCACCAGCCCGUCGAGUCCAAAGGGACAGCGACCCAAGACGGAUGGUCCUCAUCGAGGCGUCUCACCCGAAGGUGCUCACCACGACCAUGUCUUCCCCGAGGUUGCCGCGAAUAUUCACGAGUCAGUGCCCCGGGGCAGAGUUCAAGCAGACGCCGAGAUCGACCAACUUUUGCGAGACGACGAGCCCGAUUCUCCUCCUUAUUCACCAAAGGACUUCGAUGACGACGGCACCGUGUGGCGUGGAAAGGUCACAAUGUUCCCUAUCGGAGAGUUCUCGUCAUCCGCAAAGCAUGUGGGAGGCGCCGACUUGAGUGGCCGCAUCCCAUGGAGUCAACUUUCGCCACCCACAUUGUUUGUUGACGGACGUAUCGACAUCAAACGCGCCACAGACUACCUCUGCGGUCUGCAAUUUAGCAAGUCAACCGACGUCUCGGUGAUUGCAGUCACCAGCCCUAGCCAACCUGAGGACCGCGCUGGUUUCGACAAGAUAUUUGACUACUUCCACAGUCGCCAACGCUACGGUGUGAUUGGAAAGCAUCCGUUGUCUGCCGUCAAAGAUACCUACAUUGUCCCCAUGGAAGUUGGCACCACCAAGAUGCCGGAGUUCAUCGAACUUCUCGAAAAUAUCUCCCUGGAGGCGCCCAUCACUGAGCGCAUGCUUCUCACCAUAUUUGUCGUCAAGACUGGGGAAUCAAACCCCCCUUCCGUGCAGCCUUCCUCCCACCAAGCCAGUCAGGAGCCACCUGUGUCCGCGAGCCCUCUCACUGCCGCAGCGGGAACUCCCCAGCAGCCGCAAUUCAGCGCUGGAAUCGCACAAACCCCUCCCCAUUUCACUGGAUAUAACUCGAACAACGCAACUUUCAGCCAGCAAAACCCCACGCAAGCAGGACAGAUCCCGACUCAACAGCCCGCCUCGCUGACCGGCCUGCCCGCCGCGGUACAAGUGCUAGGCCCCCAAGCUGAUGCCCCUGCCAUUCAACAAUUGUUGAAGACCGCACCAAACGUGGAAAUUGCGCAGCUCAACGUUGUUCGCGACAUCCUGGCUCGCCAACCCGCGGCCGCAGCAUCCUACGACGCCCUCAUGCAAGCUCUUUUCGAGACCCAAGCGAAUGGCGGCCAAGUGCCCCAGUAG